GCCGGUUUUAAUAAAAAUUCAUACAUAUUUAUUAUUAAAGACUGUUUUACAAAUAUUUGAGUGCCCACUUAACAUUUUUGGAAUCACCAGUUAGUUGUUAGUUGCGAAUAAAUAUUAAUAUAUUUUUUGGAGUGAGAGUUUUAAAAAUAAACUAUAAAGUUUUAAAUAUAAUAAAGUAACUGGUUGUCUGCACAAACUCGUGAUAAUCAACCUCCACGUCCAUCAUAGCCCAGUACUUCGUCCACAGAUAAUGUAUUACUAAAAAUUUCGCCUCAGUGAUCAUAGGAUAUUAAAAAAUGGAGUGUAACGUACGUCGAUUCGUAUUGCUUGCUUGCUGUCUGCUCUCUGCGGUGAAAGUACAAUCGCAGGGUCCCGUCUUUAUUAAUCCAGAAAAAGCAGCAGAAGCAGCACAGAUAGCUCAGUCUGACAACCAAGAAAUUCAGGUCACCCAAACUGUCUAUGGCUUCCUUGAUUUCACGACGACAAUCGGCAACACUGUCAUGAUUUUCUCUCCGCAAAGCGCUGCUGCACUGGUAAUUCCAGAAACUAAGCCUGUAAAUGAAAUAACAUCAAACAAUGUCAUUGAAACAAAACCAAUCGUAACAAAGAUAGAAGCAAAAAUCAAUCCGAGUAAAACUCAAGUAUCGAAAGAUCAAAAAUCUGUUGAAAAAAAAGUUGUUUCAGUAGUUCAAGUUCAAUCCAACGCACCGAAAACUAUGUCAUCGAAAUUGGAAAUAAAAUCUUCAGCAACAGUUAAAAAAGAAGAAAGAUCUAAAUUAAAGGAGCUUAAACCAGUUAUUGCCAGUAGUAAAGUACAGGUUGUUGGCGGAACUACGUCAAGCAAAACUGUAGUUGCAACUGCAAGUAUUUCGACGAAAGUCGAAAUUGUUAGCGGUUCAACGAAGUUAGUGGAACCAAUAAUUGCCAGCAAAGUGGAAUCCCGUAAAGAGCCAGAAUCCAGCAUCGUUUCUAGUAUCGUACAUGUUAAAUCGGAUAACGAGCCAGCGGCAAUUAUUGGAAAUAAUAUAGGAGAUCCAGAGUACGACUUCCUUUCUAGACAACCAUCUGAAGUGGUAGAAGAAACUUUUAAAGUUAUUAAUUUAAAACCGAGUUCAAAAUUCCUCUUAAAACAUCGACCUGCUACAGACUUAAAGAAAAAUGGUGCUACGAAGAGAGGAGACGCCCAUCCCACAGGUUUGGUAACCAAAUUAGCAGGAACUGUCGUUAAAGAUGGAAUUACCACUAUCAUCGAAACUAGCGUUAUUGGAACAUAUAUUUCAGGAAAGUAUGCACAAGUUCUCCAAAGCGCAUCAAAAAAAAUCCAGCCGACGCAAAGUCUGCGAAUAUUGAAAACCGCCUCACCCUCAUUAUCUAAAGGAAAUAAGCAAAGACACAUAGACUCGACUGCGGCUCGUAAUUCUAACGAAGCUGCACCUGUAUCACCGAAUGAUGCAGCUCAAAACACCAUAAAAUCGGCAAGGAAGCCCUCAGGCACCGGAGUUAGUUACAAAAGGUUUAAAAACAGGCACAAAGAGUCAGAUGUCACUGCAGUCGCCGAGGAAGACAAUGAGUCGGCUCCCAAUUAUAAGAAAUCUCAGAAAAAUAGAAGUCAAUCACAACCGGCGAGGAACUCUAAACAUCACACAACCACACACAGACCACAGCAAAAAUUCAACGGGAGUAGAAACAGAAAACAUCCUACUACACCCAAACCGUCUGUACACAGCGAAGAACCAUCGACCAACUCGUCCGGCAAGAGAUACUCCGGUAGAAGAACCAGCAAAAGUACCAAGACGCCAAGCGAAUCAUCCACAUCCACUAGUUCUGCAAGUUCUGCAAAUUCUGCGUUUUCUAGAAGAGGGUACAAACCUAAAGUGCAGCCGUCUGCAGUCGAUGCGCAUGGAAGCGGCUCAUCUAGUUUGUACAAGUUUAAGCUUAACAGAUCUCCAGGCAGAUGGCAGUAUAAAACCACUUCGAAGCCCCGGGUAACUAUCCGAAAACAAAACAGCGACGAAGCGGCAAACAAUAACGAAGCGCUGGGGACGACAUCUUCUUCGCCGAUGCCUCCCGCCGCCGUUCAGGAAGUGCCCCAGUCUCCAAUCAACGACGUCGUUACUUCCCAGUCCCGAUCCGACGAUAUAGAUAGUCUAGAAGGCUCUGAAUCAAUUGCGUCAAUUAUUGACGACGAAAGCGCCACUGCGAAUAAACUGGAAGCCAAUCCGGUCGCUCCGGUGGCUUUUCCCGUUGAAACGAUUAAAGUCGAAAUUUCCACGCCGUCCGAUUUCGGAGAUAUUUACUACGAGAUUGCUACUAUUAAGUCACCCUAUACUUUUCAGGUUGGCAGCGUUAAAAACACGCGUUACGUGACAGUGACAUCGACAUUUGAGAAAAGCUUGGAACAUACAACUGAUCAAGUUGUGAAGGUGACAGAACCUCUUACUGAGAACAUCUUGGCUACAUCCACUAACUACGCCAAAGACAAUAACUUCUUGGAUUCUAGCAUUUCGACGCUGCCGAUUUUGUAUUUGGCCUCGGAUGUAGAGACGCCACCUCUCGAAACCCUUACAGAAACGUUUAGUACAACGCAUACUAUGCUGAAGACUCACAUUUUACCUUUUGUUCGCAAUAAGAACGAAACCAGUAGCUCUACUCUGGUACAGACGUAUUUGAUAACCAGAUUGGUGACAGCAACAAAAACCCUUCCACCAUUGGACGCGUACCAUUUCAUUCCAAGCAAAACCUUAAACGAAUUCAACAGCCAUCUAGACGAAGCCGGAUCCGAACUACAUCUAGAACUAGAAUUCGGCGACCAAAACGAUCAAGAAGAUGGAGUCCGAAAAGUUUCACUACCAGCCGAUUUAGAUCUAGCUAAUAUAGGUUCGAAAUUCGAUCUAUUAGAUGUGGAUAAAUCAAACGUUGAAACCCAUUUGAGGCAUAAAAAACCUCAAUCACCUCCUAAACCGGAAAUUCCGGCUGUUAGUCCUGACCAACUACAGCAGUUGGCUUUGUAUAGAUUAUUAAAUCCUAAUGCUGCAGCUCAGCCUCAGGUUAUUACUACAUCAAAGCCAGUUAUAAAAGUUGAAACUUUAUACGAAACAUUUAUUUUACCUGUUACUAAAGGUCAUAAUACAAUACAAAGUACUAUUUCCAAAUUGAAAGGUACUAUUACGAAAACGGAGUACGAAUUUGGUACCAGUACCAUAGGACCUACUUUCCCACAGCUGCCUCUCCAACCUCUUCAACCACAAAUACCUCAAAUACCUCAACUCAACCCGUUCUUGCCGCAGGCUCAGCCUCAAUUUGCAAUUACCUCGUCGCCAGUUGUACAAACUGUUACGGUUACUCAAACCAACAGCAAGGUCCUUAAAUUAACAUUCGGUGCUAAGACAGCUCACACCACAAUUUAUUCUACUAUAGUGAUACCAACGGUUACCACUUCUUACGUUACCGCUUCCGUUCAAGUGCCUGGAGCGGGUGCUUUUCCGGGAUACUUCCCGGCUCCUUAUCCUCCUUACCCGUACGUGGGGUAAAUUUAGAUAAACAAUUAUUAGGGCACUAGUCAAUUCAGAAUAUAUUAUUUUAAAUUGAUCAGGAGGCUAGAAGAAAUUGAUUGGAUAUUAGAGGAACUGGUCCGAAUAUGGGUCAUGUAUUUAAUAUGGACUACAGAGAUAAUUUAUAAAGUAGCCAGGCACUAUCUAUUUUUAAGUAGCACAAAGUAGACGGUGCUUUCUUAAAUUAAAAUUUUUAGCAUCUAAUGUUUAGUACCUCUCAGGUAAAAAUUAUUGUUUGUAUUUUUGUAGAUUUUGAAAAGGAAUUUAAGGUAAAGUAUAAUUUUUAGAUUUGGACCUCGGAACCAAACAGUAUUAAGUCACAUUUUUUAAAUUAGACAGCAGAGCAAUUUGGAGAUUUUGAACAAUGGUAUUUUUGGAAUUGAUUCCUAUUGUAAAUAAAAAAGCAGGAUUUAUUAUUUUGCCAAUCAUAAUUUUGAAAGCUAACUAAAGCUGAUGAUAACCAACCUCUUACAUUAAUGUUUUUAAAUAAUUUUAAAUUAAUUGGGGGACUUAAUAUUGUCUGGUUCUAGCAAUGGACUUCGUGGGACUUGAUACUGAUUUAUUAUUAGGAAAUCCCUAGUAGAACAAUGCAACUUAGAACCAAAAUUAAUUAAUGUCAAUUAUAACUAAUUAAUAAAGGAUAACAAUAGGUAAAAAUACACUAAAAAUAUUUAUUUUCUAAAUUAAAUAAGAGGUCACAUCAAAAUGUCCUAAAAUUCAAGAAAUAAUUAAAAAUUAAUAUUAAUUAAAGAAAAAACACAAUGAAGAUCAAUGCAUUUUUCAGUCGUCUUCCUAAAGGUUAUCAUGUGGAAGAUUUCUAAAGUAUUCAUGGAAUCUUUUAGGCACCCAUUUUAGUAAGUUCCGCAAAUCAUUAUACUUUUAAGUCGAAAUAGGUUUUAGUGUCUCUCUGAUUGGUUUCAACAGCAUUAAGUUAGCAUGGUUGUUUCGCUUUGCGUGUUAGUCUUUUACUGACUCUAUUAAAAUCAACUUGUUCAAAAUGUUCUUGAUUAAAAUCUGUUUUAAAAUAUAACAUGUUAGGUGUUGCUGCUAAAAACUUUAUAUGAACCACUCUAGAUAUCAAAAAGGGUGUGUUUUUUUUAUUAUAAAAGUAAGAUCCGGAAUCUUCAGAUAAAAUUCUUAAAGUCUAUGGUUUCCAUUUCCGCUACUACAGUUUUAUUGUCAGAAAGUCUGAAAAGCUGUUGUCAAUCCCAUGGAGUUAUUAAUAAAAACUGUGAGAAGCUUCCUUUAGUAUUUCUAUUCAUGCAUGAAUUGUAUCCACCUCCAUGUGUGUAUGUCCUAUUAAAAGUGUACUUAUGUUCAAUGCAUUUUAUGCAUAAGAAUCGAAAAAAACACAAUCAUCUGAUGAUUUAUAUUUUCUGAUGAACAGUUAUCGCUCCAGAUAAUAGUUUUCUUUACAGAUUCUUUUACAUGUAAAUUAUAGUAUUUCAGAAUACAUGAAGCAAUUUCAUUUCCACCACGUCCGGCUAUAGAUUCAUCCCAAAAGUAUUUUAGUGUUCGCCUCUUUAUUCUAUCGCUUUAGGUGAUACCGAUGAUCUGCAUCAAGUAGAUG